UGUAUUGGGCACAAACACUGCUUCGUGCACAGGCCAGGGUUACCUGUGCCAGCCAGCAUGGGCUGGUUGUGGAAUGCAACAGACGUGCCUGGCAUAAAGGGAAAACCACCAAUCACCAUGCGCCGAGGAUGGUCACCGGGCGUCAUUGGUAAAAGCGUGGCUAAAACCAUGACCUUCAAGUUUGCACGAGGUGGCCCAGACAAAGAUAAGAAUAAAAAGAAGAAGAAGAAAGGGACCAGGGGACCAGGUGCUGAUGUAGGCGGAGGCGACUCCGAGCCUGAAGAACCUUUGGAACCCAAACCAGCACUCAAAGUACAGAGGAAAGGCGAUGUUUUUACUAUUCAGGUGAAUCCCUUGAAGGAUUUGACUGACAUCAUGCCAAAUGAAGACCCUUACGUAGACUGCGAUCCCAUGGUCUUCAAAAUCAUUAAAAAGAGGAGCCCAGAAGAGCAAGCGAAAGUCGAAGCUCGGAAGAUGGUCAAAUUAAAAAAGCAACGAGACGCAGAAAUACGGAAGGCGUUGGCAGAAGCAGUGGAGGACAUAUGCAAGUGUGCGUACAUGGACGUGUACUGUAACGACCUGUCUGCGAUAGACAGAGUGAUCGACAGCUGUCCUGCGUUCAAGGAUCCCGAGUGCAUCUGCCAGGAAGAAUCUUUGAGUUCUUUGUCAAGUAAUGCGACUUGGGACAUAGAGUACACACCUCCGUUUGGCUGCUUCGACUUGGCUCCGAGAAAGAGGAAGAUGUUCAUUCACGUAGAAACACAGUACAUACCAGCGGACGCGGGCAUCGUGGAGCCUCCUCCACCAAAACCAAGGUGCAAGAGAUCAUGUGCCUCUAUUCGUCCCAGAAAGAGAAUAUCUAAGAAGAGUUGCUGUGGCCCAUGUGGAGUGUGAUUUCGGGUGUAACUAAAUGUA